UUGUUCCUUUCUGUUAUUUGUUGUUAAGUGCAGAUUUCAAUGUGUGUGCGUAUGGCGCGAAUGUUCGGCACACAGGUCGAGUGAAAUCAAGAAUGAUCUAACCAACAGACGAAAGAGUAGAAGAAAGGAAGCUGUUGUACCAGACAGUUGUUCACAAUCGAAGAGAUGUGUGCAGCUGUCAAGGAGCCUCUAGUUUUGGGGUACAAAUGUGAAGAGGUGGCCACCUCGGAAGAGAAGAGUCCUGAUGUGAAAGGAGAGAAUCCUUUGGUUUGCAGGGAUGUCCUUGCCAAGAAUGCCGUAGAGAAAAGUAGAGUGAACAUUAAAAAAGAGGACUGUGAAUGGGAAUCUGUGUACCAUCAACUGGAGAGUCCUGUUAUUAAAAGGGAGGAUUGUGAAUGGGCAUCAAUAAGUGUUAAAGAAGAAUGUGAGUCGUCAUCUGACAGCACUGACAUGCAGAUGAAGGAAACUCUAAACAGCAUCAAGAAAGAAGACUUGGAGUCAGACUUCAACUGUCAGUAUGUGUGUCCAGGUGAAGAACUGUCCAAAUCAGGAGUCAGGCUGAGCAGUCACUACUCCAUAAAACUUCAUUCUGUCCAAGUGAAGUCCGAAUCUUUAGACUCUGACGUGAAGAAGACUGAGAAAGCAUCCUGUUCAAGUCUUUCCGGAGAAGAUUUACAAGAGAGUGGCACCUUCUUCUCAUCUUCAUUUUGUCAGACCUCUCCACACUGCAGUCCUCAACAAACACAGUGGAAAGCAAAUAUGAAGAAACUAGAAUUGGCAUCAGAGAUUUUGACUCCAGCCACUUUAACUCUGCCAGUUGUAAAACAAAUCGGAAUGAAGGAAGUGAACGCUGAACAACAGGGGCAUGAUACAAAUUUAGCUGCUUUACUGGUCUGCCAAGAGCAAAGUAAAAAGUUUAAACGGAAAUCUAACUCCAGUGAUACUAAAUGGAGUAACACAAGACGGAAGCCAUACUGCUGUUUUGAGUGUGGAAAACAGUUCUCUAGGAGUAACCAUCUUCAGCAACACUCAAGAAUUCACACUGGAGAGAGGCCAUAUUGCUGUUCUGAAUGUGGCAAAAAAUUCUCCACCAAUAACAGUCUCCAAAAACAUAUGAGAAUUCACACUGGAGAGAAGCCAUAUUCCUGUUCUGAUUGUGGAAAGCAGUUCUCACAAGUUAGCAGUCUUCAAACACACAUGAGAAUUCACACUGGAGACAAGCCAUAUUGUUGUACUGAAUGUGGUAAACGCUUUUUGGACAGAAGCAGUCUACAGAAACACAUAAGAAUUCACACUGGAGAGAAGCCGUAUUGCUGCCCUGAAUGUGGCAAACAGUUCUCCACCAGCAGCAAUCUUCAGAAACACACACAAACUCACACAGGAGAGAGGCCAUUUUCCUGUUCUGAAUGUGGCAAACGAUUUUUGCAUGAUAGCUACCUUCAAACUCACAAAAGAAUUCACACCGGGGAGAAGCCGUAUUGCUGUUCUGAAUGUGGCAAACGAUUCUUACAGUUUGGCCAUCUUCAGGCCCACAGGAGAAUUCACACUGGAGAGAAGCCAUACUGCUGUGGCGAAUGUGGCAAACGAUUCAUUUACAGUGGUGACCUUCAGACGCACACAAGAACUCAUACAGGAGAGAAGCCGUAUUGCUGUUCUGAAUGCGGCAAGCAAUUCUCCACCAAUAGCAGUCUUCAGGUCCACAAAAGGAUUCACACUGGAGAGAAACCAUAUUGCUGUUCUGAAUGUGGCAAACGAUUUUCUUGCAGUGGCAAUCUUCAGAAGCAUACUAAAAUAUGCAAUCUGAGAUCUGCAAGAUGUGGAACCAAACAACUGUCCGUUUCGCAUGGAAAGAGUCAUGCAAAAUAGACUUCUUUUAGGAGGUCACAUUUUUGGAUUUCCCAGAAUAAAUAAUGACCAGGUCCAACUUGAUGUCCUGCUAGUUACCAUCACCUGCCAUUAACCACAAAAACUACAAAAAGAAACAUUACUAGGGACAAUACAGUUAUUAUAGAGCAACUGUAAUACAGUAUUUCCCUUACCAUUGAUAUGAGUGUGUGGGCCAAUCAGAAAGCUUGAUUAUCCACCCAGUAAUCAAUUGGACCCUCACCUCCCUGACUGGGUAUGGGGGCUGAGGUGUAGUAUUAGAACUGAAAUUCUUUAUCAAAUCACUGUAAAUGUUAUGUUGAAUGGCUGCCAAAUUUAUUCCCACCUUGCCCUACACAUGCAAUGCAAUGCAAGUCUUGGAAUCAAUGUGAAAACUCUGAAACAAUCUUAAAAUGAGUCAUGUACUCAUUCACCUGCAGUGACACCUCCAGCGACUGAGGAAUGGUCAGGUUUUAGGAACUGCAGUCCUUAAAUGUUAUGUGGCUUCUUGUUCUGAGAUGACCCUGCCUUUAGGCAAUAAUAUGAACCAACAGACAGCAAAUGCUGUCCCACCAAUCUCAUUCCCUUUAAAUAAUUUAACUUAUAAUGUAAAGCAAACAAUAGUGUUCUGACUGCCAACUUAUUAUAACAGAUAAAAAUGCCUUUUUGUAGGAUGGCCUUUUGUAAACGCGAUUAUAUUUAAAUUGUGUAUAUUUGUGGGUAUGCUUAACUAUAAUGCAAAUAUAGAUGUGCUCCUUUUUUGUUUGUAAAA